AUGGCAGCUGAUGAUUCAGUUCCAUUUACACCCAGCAAACUGUAUCCGAAAAGCGACGAAGAGAUCGCCACGUUCAAAGCAAUGAAAAAAGAACGAAGUGGUAAAUGUUUCGUUUAUGUUUUUGCUGGAAUUGUCAUCCAGUGCGUUUUCAUAUUGGUCUUUGCCUUGGUUACGCUGCGUAGUAGAAUUCCCGAUGCUAAGAUAAGCUCGAUUAUGGUGAAGAAUCUCGGGUACAAUAAUGCCACGUCUUCAGCAUCAAUAUCUCCUUCUUUUAAUGCCACUUUGGUCGCCGAGGUGACCAUUAAGAACACAAAUUUUGGGCGGUUUAAGUUCGAGAAUACCACCAUGAGUGUGCUCUAUGGAGGCAUCCAGAACGUUGGAGAUACAAAAAUAGGACAUGGAAGUGUCAAAGCUAGAGACACCCAGAAGAUGAUCAAUCUUACAGUGGAAGUGAGAUCUAGUAGGGUAUUCAAUCAUUCUCAGAAUCUUAGCAGUGAAAUCCAAUCAGGGAUGUUGAAACUGAGCAGCUAUGCCAAGUUCAGAGGCAGCGUGAAUUUGCUGAAUAUUGUUAAGAGGAAGGAGAUCGCACAAAUGAACUGUACCAUGAUUCUCAAUUUCACAAGCGGUAAAUUCCAGGAUCUUCGAUGCCAGUAA